CCGUGAACUGCUCCAUGGACUUUCCCUUCAUCUUGUGUCUUUUCUCCUUCCCCUUGCUUUCAAACUGACCCUGUUUCUUUCGUCCCAUGCUGGCCCCUCACUAGUUACCUGCUGGCCCCUUGGUAGUUAACUUAGUAUAAGUUAGUUAUCGGUAAUAGCAAGUCCCUGUUAGCAAAGUAGUUAGAAAUAUUUACAAGUCCAAAUCGAUCCUAAUUUAGAAUGAUCUCUAAGAAGUGUUGGUGAGGAACAGUUACCUACGCGAUGAAAACAUGCGUUGGUAAAUAGCAUGUCGGCUAGUCAGCUAGUCAGAGCGAAGGAUGGGGGCGCAUGCGCAGUGGUCAGCUGACUUGUCACCUGAUUGGUCACCUGAUCACUCCAGCUUUUAGCAACACUGUGUUAUAACGCGGUUGUUUCCUGUCCGUGUAUUUCUAUGAAUAGCCGCUCUAAUUGACGCUAUGUGGUCGUGGCUGUACCUCAAUCUCCUCCUGACUCCUGCGUUCGCAGGGAAGAUGAAGAUCGUGGACGAACCGAACACGUUCGGAUUGAACAACGCUAUUCUGGCUCAAGGGAGCCGAUUACAGCCCCGAGUGACGCCGUCCCCCGUCUCCGGUCCAGCCCAUCUCCAUCAUUUGGCUGGAAAGUGUUUUAGUUUAAUAGAGUCGAUGUAUAAAUAUGAAUUCUGUCCAUUCCACAACGUCACACAACAUGAGCAGUCCUUCAGAUGGAACGCCUACAGUGGAAUCCUGGGGAUCUGGCAGCAGUGGGAGAUGGUGAACAACUCCUUCACCGGCAUGUGGAUGAGCGAGGGGGACGCAUGCGCCAGUAGGAACAGGCAGACCAAGGUCCAGCUGACGUGUGGCGUGGGCAGCCGCCUGGCCGCCGUGUCCGAGCCCAGCACCUGUGUUUACCACCUGACCUUCGAGACGCCGCUGGUCUGCCAUCCACACUCCCUCCUCGUGUACCCCACCCUGAGUGAGCCGCUGCAGAAGGAAUGGGACGAGGCGGAACAAGCUCGCUACGAAGGCCUCAUCACAGAGCAGGGGUACAACAAUCUUCUAAGGGAUAUCUUUGAAGAUGCUGGUUUGCUGAAGAGCCAGAGAGUGAAGGUGAAAGCCGAACUCCCCGGUCUCCCAAAGACACACUCCUCCCUCCAGGAGUGUGGCGAGGACUACCAGAAACAGAGUGAAGAAAUGAAAAGACUACGCGCGCUCCUCACCAAAAACAACAUUCCCUUUGAAUCCACCGGCGGCAGGCCUCCAGCCAGCAGUACGGCCCCCAACCCACAACAACAAAGGGGAGAUCCUGGCUCCCUGGACCUGAUGUGAAAGUUAUUUUUGAUAUUUUCAGGAGUUCUUCGUGUUGUAACGGAGGACUUGGGCAACUAAAGGGAAGCUUGUUGAAUGUGUAUAUAAUUCUAAAGAGUCGGCAUGGAGAAUAAAGAUUUUAGUAUUCUGGCUUUCUAAA